AACAAAAGACCAGAAUGAGUUUCAACUUGUCAAUAACUGAUUAGCUCAGAUCAAGAAGGUCAAUGGGUGCCCGGUGUUACACACUUUCUUUAAUCCUUUAGUUUCAUUUCAUUCACAUUCCUUUCUCCAUACCCAGCCUGGAUGGUCUCGAUAGGUACUCAAACUGAAGGAAAGACGAUGCGCAGGGCGUUGGGCGACACAACGUACACCAAAGUGUUUGUGGGAGGGCUAGCCUGGGAGAGUGGGAGCGAUUCGUUGCGUGAAUACUUCGAACAGUUUGGGGAGAUUGCAGAGGCGGUUGUGAUCAUGGAUAUGCGCAGCGGCCGCUCCAAAGGCUACGGUUUUGUGACAUUCCGUGACCCUUCAGCUGCAUCCAUGGCUUGUGCCAAUCCAAAUCCCACCAUUGGUGGCCGGAGGACCAACUGUAAUUUGGCCGCACUUGGACGCCCUCCACCAUUUCCUCUUAAUGGACAUCUAACCUCAACUCUGCCCUACCUAGGAGUGCAGGCUUUGAGGGGGCUGUAUAUGGGAAGCCCCUUUUACCAGCUACUUCCAGCUCCUUAUUAUGGCUAUCAAUCUGGAACCCCAUAUCUUCCAUAUAGGAACUCUGCAUUUGCCACAGAAAAUGCUUACCCUCAGAUCUAUGACAUGGCAAGCACAGUUGGCACAAACACACUGUCAUUUGGACACGUGGGCAGCCAACCUGGCAGUCCUGGGUAUACAAUGAUGCGAGGCUAUUUUGUGUCUUCUUCUCAUAUGGUGCAAUAUCUUAGACCUAAUGUCAACGGAGCAAUCGGUAACUACAACAUAACACCAUAUUACUCCGGUACGAUCACACCAUCUUUGGUGCAGUCACAUACUGCAAUUCCUGUUCAUUCUCCCCGGUUUACUCCGAGCAAUAACUCUGAACAAGCCUCGGAUUGAGUGAAGGAAUGUGAAGUUUAUAUCUCGAUGUUAAUGUAUAUUGGUGCAUCAUGCAACGUCUCAACGUCAUCAUGCAUCAUUAUUGGACUACAGGCCUUCCAAGAAGUCAAGAAUUACUGAUCUGAAUUGUUCGGAAGAGAUCAAAUUAAAUCUGCUGUGAUCUGAUAAGAAACAAUGUAUAGCAAUCCAGAAAUUGAACCUAUUACAACGUUGGAACAACAUUGCCACAAUCAAAUUCAAAUAUCGAUGCUCAAGGAAGAUGCUACGGAGUAUUUGAAUCAAGGUUUUUUGUAUCAAAUGAUGUGAUUUGCAAUAAAUAAAUAUUGUAUAAAGGAAUAAGGUUCAAAUUGG